GUGGCAAACGGCGACGGUGGUGGUGAUGAUGUAUCUACACAUACGACGUUCUUCAGCAGGUGAAACGUGCAUUGAGACUUAAACUAGGAAGGUGUGUAUCGCAGAGCUUCGCCAGGCUCUGGGAAACCUCGUCCCAAGGACGCCUUUUUGGGGUUUAGUGGGAGAGGACCCUGAGAGCGAGGUCGGGCUCGGGGUAGGAUGGCCCGUGGUGCCCCCCCCGCCCCGCCAAUUUUGCGUUUAAGGAUUGUUUUCAAUUUCUCUUGGGACGGCUGUAAUACCCAGGAGAAAUGAAAAACAAAGGUUAUGGAAAAUUUUGGAGGGCAAAAAGGUGCAUUAUGGGAGGUGUACAAGUGGCAUAUAAAGUAAAUUGUCCAGCUCAAGACCUAUAAUAACCGCAACAACAAAGGCAAAAGGGACUUGAUUUUUCCCGAUAGUUCAGAUGAUCUUGGCGUUCUUCUUGGAAUAUUUACAAAAGGCCAGUGGGGAUAAAAUUAAAAAUAAUAAUAUGCAAUUGAAGAACAUGAUGGACUCAUUUGAAGCACAAAAGGAAAGAAAAAUGGCAAAAAGUAAAUAAAUGAAGAAAAUGGAACAAAAAUGAACUCAAAAUAAGAGAUAAAUAAACGAAAGAAAAAUAAACAGAAAAAUAGUAAAAUAAGAAUAACACUUGAUAAAAUAUAUAAUAAUAAAUUGAAAAUAAAAUAAAUAAUAUGAGAAUAAGAAAGACAAUAAUAAUGAUAACGAUAAUGGUAAUAAUAAGAGAAAAGGAAAUAACCGCAACAAAAAAGACUUGAUUGAUUAUUGAAAACGAAACUGCGGAACUUUAAAGCAGUCUCGUUUCAAAAAUCCAGCAAGAAAUUUAUCUUUUUAAUUUCUAAAGUCUUUUUAGUUGCCACUACUAGUGUUUUUCCUUUUCUAUUAUUAUCAUUAUUGUCAUUAUUAUUAUUACUAUUAUUAUUAUUAUUAUUAUUAUUAUUAUUAUUAUUAUUACAAUUAAGUUCCAUUUUGUUCCAUUCUUUAGAUUAUUUACUUUUUUCGUCGUUAUUCUUUUGUGCGCGAGUCUUUUUUUUUUAACUUUUACCCCUAUUGAUCUAUAUAACUUAAAAUUUUAAACUAUUGUAUCAAAAUUUUCAACAGAGCGGAUUUCAUAGUAUAUAAGGACGGCCUGACUAUCCAAAUUUUCUGGAACCGCCAAGUCGCUUUUGUCUUUGCUUUUUUGUUGUUGUUGUUGUUGUUGUUUUUUUCUCAUAAUUUCUAAUUACAUGCAUUGAUCCAAUAACGGAACAAGUGAGGGAAAACUAAGCUUUUAUAAUAAGUUCACAGAAACGUGUGGUCUUGACUUCUCGAGAGAUAUAGGAACAGUGAACGUCGACAAGCUGGACAGCUUGAUCAGGCACCAUGAUGUGAAGAGGUCUAGUCGUAAACUAUUGACGGUUGUUGCCUACAUGAUGAUGAUGAUGAUGAUGAUGAUGAUGAUCGAUGAUGAUGAUGAUGAUGAUGAUGAUGAAGAUGAUGGUGAUGCCCACCAUGAUAUUGACGAUGAUGAUGAUGAUGAUGAUGAUGCUGAUGAUGAUGAUGAAGAUGAUGGUGAUGCCCACCAUGAUAUUGACGAUAAUGAUGAUGACGAUGCUGACGAUGAUGAUGAU